AUGCACAAUAGGAAGAGGAAUAGCUCAAAACAACUAAACCUACUAGUACCAGGUACUACCUAUAAUGCUACUAAUAAUGAACCUAAGUCUUCUCGAUUAGGCAAGACAAUUGAUUUUUCUAAAAAACUCAACAAAAAUAACAGUAGCUCCAGACUCUUAAAGUCAAAAGUGUAUAAGACAACACAUGUCCGUGAGAAAUAUAGUGACAUGCUGAAAAGAGAGCAAACACUAAAAUCAAAGAUAACAAAUGAUGAUAAAAAGCAUUUCAAAGAAGUCCUAGAUCUCAGUAGUGCUAUCAAUAUACUCCAGGAUAAGAUACUUGAAGCUAAGGCAAACAGAAUUCCCUAUGUCAAAUGGGAGCAUAUUGACGGAUGAGCACCCACUGCAGCUAAUAUUGAGAAGUAUAAUAGCCAGAUAACCAUUGAUGAUCAGGAAUAUCUUAAUCUCAUAACCCAGAUGAUACGAGGCAACAGGAAAAUGUUCACUGAAGAGUACAUGAAAAGGUUUGAAAGACAUAAAGCUAAAUUUACCAAACCCAAGAUCGUGCUCAGUGACGAAGAUGAAUUUGAUAUCAAUGACCCAAAAUCCGUGCUUCAGCAUAACAGAAAGCUCUUGAAUUACAACUAUAUUGUCUCUGAAGUUGCUAGAAAGAUAGACUGUCAUAAUACCGAUCUUACUAGGAAGAAUGACCUUCUCAACUCCAAAAUUAGCGCUGGAGGUGAAAUUGAGCUUCUCUGAGAGGAUCUAUAUAUGAAAGCAAAAGAAGAGCAUGACCAAUUAAAGGAAAAGAUUGAAAAAGCCAAACUAAAAGCUAAAGAUGAAUAUGACAAAGCUAUGGGUAACUAUUUUUGAUUAUGAUUAGCUUCUGAACAAGAGCUCAAAGACCGAUUGGAAGAGUUUAAAGAAAUAAAUGAGCAAAAGGCCAAAAAGAAGCUAGACAAGGUAAUAAAGAGGUAUAAUAAGCCGCCCAUGUCAGCAAGAGAGGUUAUCAAGCGAGAGCCUGUUAUUAGAAUUUAUCCAGACUAUAAUCCGAAGUUCUCAAGAAACCAAAUGAGGCCAAUGACUAUUAAGGCUUGGGAGACUGCAAGAACAAUGGCUACAACCCCAAUUACAUCUGAAAGAGUACCUUGUGCUCAAAAUGACCCAGGGGAUGGAUUUUCAAGGAACUCUGAAAUAAUAACUUCUCCUGGACCUAAACCCAGAACAGCUGCUUUUCCUCGGAGGAAGGGUUUGAAAAAGUGUCGUACAGUGACGAAGCUUAAUCUGAACAUUAGAAGCCAGACCCAGAGCACAUUUAGAAAGAUUUCUCAAGCCAAGGUUAAAUCUCGGAACAAUAAUUUCAUGAAGGACUUCCAGUCCCUCUUCAGCAGUAACUGUAAAUCUCAAGGGACCAUGAAUGCCAAGCAGGCUAAGAAAUUUGAAAAGAAAAUAAUGAGGCUUAAGAACAAAAUUCAAGAGGUCCAAGACACAAAGAAAGAGGCAGUACUGAACCUUACUAAUAGCAGGAAGCACAGAUAUGACCGCAAAAUAUUCCUGGAGAACAUCCUAGCAGGGAUACAAGAUGCUAAGGACCAACUCCUCCAAGAACAAAGGAAGAUCCUAUUAGGUUAUGGAUUCAAGAGAGAUGAAGAGUUCAGUUAUAAGGAUUUAGAAGAGAAACAAGCUGAACAACUUUCUGAGAAAAUCAAGCAGUCUAAUGAUAAAGUACUAGCUAUUCAAAGUAAAGAAAGAGUAAUCAAACUUCUGCUUGAAAAAAGUGGACUCUCAAAGACAGACAAGCAGUAG